AUGACAAAGCACAGGGGGAGGGGAGAAGAGGAGGGGGAGGGGUGGAAGGGGAGGGGGGGUAGAGGUGGAGGGGGGGGUAGGGAGGGGGGGGGCGGAGGGAAGGGGGGGGCUGCCGGGGUGCUGGGUCGGGCCGCUGGUGAGGAGGAGUGGGACUCCGGGAGCGGUGGGGCCAGGCGCGGGGGGGGGGACGCGCGGGCGCUGCGGCGAAGGGGGGCGGCGGGGUCCGGGGGGGUGUACGGGGGGGGGGCUGGGGGGGACGUAGGCAAAGGUGGCGGCGGGGGGCGCGGAGGGAGGGCGCGAGAGUGGGAAUGGGGGGGGUGGCGCCAGGUGGAGUGGGGAGGGGGGAGAGGAGGGGGGGGGUGGGGGAACCUAAACGGCGGGAUGUGGGAGGGUCAGGAGGGGGGAGGGGGGGGGGGGGGCGCGUAG